UCGUCCCAUAGCCACCACCAUCUCCUACCGAUUCCCCCACGCAAACGCCGGCCAUGGCGUCCCGGAGUCCAAGGAUGAGGACGGCGUCGACAUCCACCGUGGAGACGGUGAAGGGCACGCACUCGUUCAAGAUCACCGACUACAGACUGCACAAGGAACUCAGCACCGACAAAUGCUUCUGCUCCGCCAUCUUCGCGGUCGGCAGCCACAAUUGGCGUAUCCGCUACUACUAUGAAGGACAGGAUCCCAGAGAGGAUUAUGUCUCCGUCUUCAUCGAGCUCUCAGGUGAUCUUGUCGAGGUGACGGCAAGCUUCGAAUUAAGGAUGGUCAACCCAGUGACAGGGCUGUCAUCGCCGCGCAAUAUCUCCUCGCCGGUGGUGUUCAACGGUGAAAAUCCGACCCGGGGUUUCGCCAUAUUCGUGAAGAAGGAUGACCUGGAAUUCUCAUCGAAAUACGUGGUAGAUGGCUGCCUCGUUAUAGAGUGCGAUGUCAUGGUAAUCAAAGAAAUACAGGUGAAGGAGACAACCGUCACCUCCGACUUUGAUAUCCAGCCCCCCCCCCCCCCCCCCCCCCCCCCCCCCCCCCCCGCAGACUUAUCACACGACCUUAGAAGGCUGCUAGAGUCAGAGGAGGAAGCAGAUGUAACAUUCAAGGUAAAAGGGGAGGUUUACCAUGCCCACAAGAUUCUGCUCGCGAUGGGGUCGCCGGUGUUUAAGGCGGAAUUCUAUGGCCCGAUGAGCGACAACAUGGGGGAUGAGAGCAAGACAGUCGAAGGUAUGGACCCUAUUAUUGUCUUCAAGGCAUUGCUUCAUUUCAUAUAUACAGAUAGCUUUCCUGUUAUGGAAGAUCUUGACUGCGACGAGAAAGAGGAUAUGGUUAAGCACUUGCUCGUGGCAGCAGACACAUAUGGCAUGGAAAGGAUGAAGUUGAUUUGUGAAGGCAUCCUUUGUAAGAGGAUCGAUGUUGAAAGUGUUGCAUAUACCUUGGCUCUGGCUGCCCAGCACCACUGCAUCAAGCUUAAAAACGCAUGCAUUGAAUUUAUCAUCUCCCGGAAUAGAAUGGAUGCUGUGUUAGCAAGCCAAGGGUAUGAGCACCUCAAGAGAGCAUGCCCUGAUGUUGCUGUUGAAUUAUGGGAGAAAGCGGCAAAGUCUUUUAUGACGAGAUCAGGGUCAAAUUAUGAAGUGCUAUCUUAGUUGAUCGAUCUAAAUAAUGUUUGUCUGAAUAUUACAAUAUGUAUGCAUGUCAUGUGAGCGUUGACAGCCAAAUUUGGCAUGUACCGAGACCGACCGGUUUGACCAGUCGGGCUGACCGGUCAGACCGGUCUAGUCUGUGCAGUCCGAAUAUGUUUAGGAUUUUUGUUAAGAGUCCUUUUGUAAACCUAUUCGUGAAGGGGUACAUCUUCCCCGGCCUAUAAAUAUAAAGGCUAAGGCCGAUUGAGGUUAA